AUGCUGCAACGCUUCCGCGAGGCGGCGCACGAGGCGCGCGCGCGCUCGCGAGCGCAAUCAGUGACGUCACUCAAGCGCUCGCGAGCGGAGACCGAGCCUGAUGCUGCAUACGACGCCACGCAUUACUUCGUGGAUGAUGUCGCCGACCCGUGGGCUACUGGAGACGCCCUAGAACGUGAGCGCCUCUCGCAGCACGCGGCGCUUCGGGAGCUGGUCUCGCGAGGAGAUGUACAGGGACUGAAGACUCGUCUGGCAACCUUGGGCAACAACGCGGGGCUGAUCGUCAACCUGACGCCGGGCGGCGCCAACACGCUGCUUUAUGUAGCGUCAGAAGCGGGCCACACAGCCGUGGUAGCGGCGUUACUAGAAGCAGGGGCGGACGGGCGAGCGCACCCGGUCACGCGCUACGGGCCUCUGUACGCCGCCGCCUACCACGGCCACCUGGACAUUGCCAAGUUGCUUCUACAGCACUUCCCCCGCGCUGCACAGCAAGAGACGGUGGAGAAAUGGCUGCCGUUACACGCGGCAUGCAUCGGAGCGCACGCGCCGCUGGUCGCGCUGCUGCUUGAACAUCCCUACCCUGAGGACGUGCUCAACACUUACACCGACGAGAGCGGCAAGUGGCAGUACAAGGCAGCGUUCGACGUGAACGCAUCCGACGUCAGCGGGCAGACGGCUCUCUACAUCGCCUGCUCGCUCGGCAGCAUGCCUGUGGUAGAAGUGCUGCUGAACUAUAGCGUGGCGUGCGAGCCAGUGCCGCCUGCCGAUUCUGCUGCUACAAUGGCGCUAUACAUCGCCUGCUCGCUCGGAAGCAUGCCUGUAGUAGAAGUUCUACUGAACUACAGCGCGGCGUGUGAGCCCGUACCACCAGCUGACACUGCUGCUACGUGCUGCUACGGUGAGACUUACGUGCCGCCGGCUGACGCUGCUGCUACGAGCCCGCCGGCGCCGGCGGUGGAGGCGGCUCGGGUGCUGUCGCCACAGCGCGGCAUCUCGCUCGGCAUCCACGCCAUCGUCACCAAGCUCACCGGCGGCGGCAGCAAGCAGGACAGCGGUCCGGGCAGCCAGCGCGUGCGGCCCGUAGCGUUGGACCGGCGCGUCGGCGCCGACAGCUGCGUGGCGCGCGCCGUCGCCGCCGCCGACGCCCGUCUACUACGCCGGUUACUGGCUGCCGGCGCUCGAGCGGAUGCGCCCGCUGCCAACCCACACGCUAAGUGGCAGGAGAGUGGCGAACGGGAGCGGCGGCGCUCGCGCAGCGCAUCGGCGGCUAUUCAACGCGGCUGCAGCGCUGACAGAGACCUCCCGUGGUCGGCGCUGGCGCUGGCGGUGCGUGGGCGGCAAACGGCGCUGGCGGAGGCGCUGCUCGCGGCCGGCGCCUCCGACCCGCACGGGCUGGCCGUCCGGGAGUGCGCGCGACACCAGCUGCCCGACCUGCUUGCUAGCUUGCUGGCCACUAAGGCGUACCCAGACCCGGACUACAAGCUGAACAAGUCCGCAGUCUCGGACGCGGUGUUCGGGACCAAAGAGCAGGACGCGGCGCUGACGUACAGCGCGCUGUGCCCCUCCACCGCCGUCAUGGUCAACUGGCGCGAGCUCAAGUGCCCGCUGCCCGCCAUCAGGUGCUAA